AUGCGGCUUUACGUGCUGAUAACUGUCGUCGCGAUGACGAUCAAUGUUACAAUUACUUCAGAAAGAGUGAAGCAUAGACACAAUCAGAUUGAAAAACCGAUAAUGAUUCGAAAAAACAUAGGUUUUUCUCAAAAGAAUGUGGUGCCAUUUACCGAGUCUGUAUUCUUUUUACACCUGCUUAAGUGCAAACCGCGGUAUCAGAAGUUAGACAGGAUUUUCCCCACCUCCCCCGCUUCGGUAAGAGAUUGUAUCUGCGUACCUUUUUAUCUAUGCGACAGGAAUCGAACUAUCAUCACCGAUGGGACCGGAAUAAUUGACCCGCGUUUUGCCAUUAAUCGGAUAUGUGGGGAUUUAGAGAUCUGUUGCUAUCUGCCAAAUGUAACUAAUAUGGCCAUGAUACCUUUUGUUACAUCUUUAAUAAAUGUAUCUCGUAUGACACCUCCAACUACAUCUCCGACAAGUGUAUCUCGUAUAAUACCGCCAGCUAUAUCUCCAACUGCGCCAUCAACAAUGCCUUCAAUAACAUUUCCAACUAUGCCACCAUCAAUGCCACCUACUCCAACUAUUCCAACUACAACACCAACAGUACCUACUUCGGUGACUUCUCCCACAACCGUACUAAACUGUAUCUGUGUUAUGAUAUCUUUAUGUGAUCCUAAUGGAAUAGUCUCCAUCUCCGGAGAGGGUGUAAUAAAUCCGCGGUACGGAUUAUGUCCCGACAACCUGGUCUGCUGCAGGAUACUAGCGAAUAUGACACAGCCAAUGAUGAGUUCUUCGACCACGAUUACUAUAAUACCACUCACAUCUGCUACGAUGACCAGAAUAUCAUCAACAAUCACUAUGGUAUCAUCUAGUCAGAUGCAAUUAUGUUUCAUAUGCGACAACGUUAGUCUAUGUUUCAUCUGCAUGAUCGUCAUUACGUCCGGCGGUGGUGCCAUGAUAGAUCCUAGAGUUUCCCAGAUCUUAUCAGAUGGAAAUAUCUGCACGUCGUCAAACAUACCGUCUUGUCUAAACACUUCAUCAGCCGCGCCGAUUACGGAUCUGGGCCAGUUGAAAAAUCCGGGUACAUCGCAAGAAUGUUACUGUGUGAAGACCUGGCUAUGUUUUGAAGGAAACGCGGUCAAUCCGGAUGGUCUUGGUAUAAUUGAUUCGAGAUUUACUUUGUGCUCUUCAGCGGACCAAGUAUGCUGUCGAUUAGCAGGGAUCAAUCAUCAGGAUCUUCAAAGCGCCUCUUCAUCCAGUGUUGUUGUGAACGGAUCAUCCAAUCGCCCAGUUUCACAAAUCACUUGUGGUAUACAAAACAAUAAUUACGCACCAUCGCAACCUUUUUCUUCUGAUUCCGGAAAAACCUAUUUCGCUGAAUUUCCAUGGAUGGUCGCACUUCUAAAAUCCACUGGCGGUCCUUAUAUUUUUCAUUGCGGUGCUUCGAUAAUCAGUAAUGGGGCCAUCCUCACUGCCGCUCACUGCGUUGCGAACCAAAAGCCUGAAAAUUUGAUUGCGCACUUCGGACAGUGGAACAUAGGAAAUAAUAUUCAACCGUUACCUAUUCAAGAAGUAAAAAUUUUCGCAAUAGCUAUACAUCCGUCUUAUUAUAACGAUGGACUUUUUCAUGAUAUUGCUGUCCUUGUUUUGGAAAAAUCAAUCACUUAUAGCGCGAACGUCCUACCAAUUUGUCUUCCCAAACAAGGUGAAGUCUUCUUAGCUGGGACCAGAUGCUACGGGUUAGGAUGGGGCAGCAAUUCAUUUGGAUCAGAAGGGCAAUAUCAGACCGAGCUUCGAAAGGUGAAUCUUCCUAUCAUUAAUCAAGACGAUUGUCAGACACGUUUACGAAGCACGAAAUUGGGUCAGUACUUUCAAUUGCAUGGAUCGUUUAUUUGCGCUGGCGGCGAAGCAAAUAAAGAUACGUGCCGUGGUGACGGUGGUGGACCGUUGGUUUGUCAAGCCGCUACAGGACAAUUCUUUCAGGCCGGUAUUGUAUCGUGGGGUAUUGGUUGUGGAGCUUCUAAUGUACCUGCAGUAUACGCUAGUGUAUCGCAACAUCGUCAAUGGAUAGAUCAACAGUUCGCAACUUAUGGCGUAUAA